ACAACCUCAAAACGGUUCCCUUCCUCUUCUUUUUGUUUCCAUCUUUCUUUUUUUCUUUUACUACACGCUCUCCCACUCCCGUUUCUAGAAUAUGCCUCACCGCGAACACUCUGUAGAAACCAUCCGUCGCAGUAGCGAGGUCAUGGGCAGCCUUCGGAAGCUGAUGGUUGUCAAUCGUGGUGAAAUUGCCAUCCGCGUUUUCCGUACAGCCCAUGAACUGUCCAUGCGUACGAUCGCCAUUUUCUCAUAUGAAGAUCGAUUGUCCAUGCAUCGAUACAAGGCCGACGAAUCCUAUCAAGUGGGCAAACUAGGUCAGUUUACCCCUGUGGCUGCCUACUUGGCACAGGAUGAAAUUGUGCGUAUUGCCAAAGAACAUGGUGUUGCCAUGAUCCAUCCAGGCUAUGGCUUUUUGUCCGAGAAUGCAGCGUUCGCACGCAAGGUCGAGGCUGCUGGGAUCACAUUCAUUGGCCCGGCUGCCAAUGUGAUUGAAAGUUUGGGUGACAAGACAAAGGCUAGACAAAUCGCAAUGGAAUGUCAAGUACCUGUGGUGCCUGGUACGCCUGGUCCUGUUAGCGAAUACUCGGAAGCUGUCACCUUUAUCAAGGAGCAUGGAUUCCCUAUCAUCAUCAAGGCAGCCAUGGGCGGUGGUGGUCGUGGUAUGCGUGUUGUGCGUGACGAGGCAUCGUUGGAAGACGCAUUCACACGCGCCAAAUCCGAAGCACUUUCUGCCUUUGGCGACGGCACUGUGUUCAUUGAGCGUUUUGUGGACAAGCCGCGCCACAUUGAAGUACAGAUUCUGGCCGAUCGUGCCGGCAACGUCGUCCACCUGUUUGAGCGCGACUGUUCGGUCCAACGACGUCACCAAAAAGUCGUCGAGAUCGCGCCUGCCAAGAACCUCGACAACACCGUGCGUGAAGCCAUCCUGAACGACGCGGUCAAGAUUGCCAAGCACGUCAAGUACAAGAAUGCGGGCACGGCUGAAUUCUUGGUCGAUAACCAGAACCGACACUAUUUCAUUGAAAUCAAUCCACGUAUCCAGGUCGAGCAUACGAUCACCGAAGAAAUCACAGGCAUCGAUAUCGUCGCAGCCCAGAUACAAAUUGCUGCCGGUGCUUUGUUGCCCCAACUUGGAUUGACCCAACAACGGAUCCGUCAACGCGGAUUUGCUAUCCAGUGUCGCGUCACGACCGAGGAUCCAGAGCUCAAUUUCCAACCGGAUACUGGCAAGAUCGAAGUGUACCGGUCCUCUGGCGGUAAUGGUGUACGUUUGGAUGGUGGUGCAGGCUAUGCCGGUGCGAUCAUUACGCCGCACUAUGACUCGCUCCUCGUAAAGUGCACCUGCUCUGGCUCGACCUAUGAAGUGGCUCGACGCAAGAUUGUCCGCGCACUUGUCGAAUUCCGUAUCCGAGGCGUCAAAACAAACAUUCCGUUCUUGCAACGACUGCUGACGCAUGACACGUUUAUCAAUGGAAACUGCUGGACCACGUUCAUUGAUGACACCCCGGAUCUGUUCCGUCUGGUCCGCUACCAGAACCGUGCCCAGCGCAUGCUCGGGUAUCUCGGCGACGUUGUUGUCAACGGAUCGCAGAUCAAGGGCCAGUUGGGUGACCCGCAGUUGCAUCAUGAAAUCGAGGUGCCUGUCUUGCGCAACAACCAUAGCAAGGGUCAUGGCGAUGCUUCGGCUCCAUUAAAGGAUGGCUGGCGCAAGAUUCUGGUCGAGGAAGGACCCGAGGCCUUUGCCAAGGCGGUGAGAAAAUACCCUGGUGUGCUUAUCAUGGACACCACGUGGCGCGAUGCUCACCAAAGUUUGCUGGCAACACGUGUGCGCACUAUCGAUUUACUGCGUAUUGCGCCUGCCACUACCCACGCUCUUGCCAAUGCCUUCUCCUUGGAAAUGUGGGGCGGUGCCACCUUUGAUGUCGCGAUGCGCUUCUUGCACGAGGAUCCUUGGGACCGUCUGAUCAAACUUCGUGAAGCCGUGCCCAACGUUCCAUUCCAGAUGCUUCUGCGUGGCGCCAAUGCCGUAGGCUACACGUCAUACCCGGACAAUGUUGUUUACGACUUUUGCGCCAAAUCCGUCCAAGCCGGCAUGGACAUUUUCCGAGUCUUUGACUCGCUCAACUAUGUCGAAAACAUGAAGCUCGGCAUUGAUGCAGUCAAAAAGGCCGGUGGUGUCGUCGAAGCAGCCAUCUGUUAUUCCGGCGAUGUCUCGAACCCGGAGAAAAAGAAAUACACCUUGGAUUACUAUCUUCAGCUGACCCAAGAACUGGUUAAUGAGGGCAUCCAUAUUUUGGGUAUCAAGGAUAUGGCUGGUCUGUUGAAGCCGGAGGCAGCAAAGACGUUGGUCGGUGCCAUCCGUGCAAAGUUCCCUGAUUUGCCUAUCCAUGUCCACACGCACGACACGGCCGGUACGGGUGUUGCUAGUAUGCUGGCAGCUGCUGCUGCAGGUGCUGAUGUUGUCGAUGCUGCCCUCGAUGCCAUGUCUGGCAUGACCUCGCAGCCUGCUAUGGGUGCUUUAGUCGCUGCGCUCGAACAGACCAACAUGGGCACCGGGAUUCGCAUGGAGGAUAUCCAAGCAUUGAAUUCGUAUUGGGAACAGGCCCGUCUCCUGUAUUCUUGUUUUGAAGCCAAUGUCAAGGCGGCAGACUCUGGAGUGUAUGACCACGAAAUGCCUGGCGGUCAAUACACCAACCUGAUGUUCCAAGCACAGCAGCUCGGCUUGGGCACCCAAUGGCGACAGAUCAAGAUUGCCUAUGAAGAAGCCAACCAAUUGUGCGGUGAUGUCGUCAAGGUUACUCCAUCCAGUAAGGUCGUUGGCGAUCUUGCUCAGUUUAUGGUGACCAACAGCCUGACUGGCAAGGAUGUUGAGGAGCGUGCACGUAGCUUGUCAUUCCCUACUUCGGUCGUCGAGUUCUUCCAGGGCUAUCUUGGACAGCCUUAUGGUGGUUUCCCUGAACCUUUGCGUUCCAACAUUAUCCGCGACUUACCACGCAUUGACGGGCGACCUGGCGCAUCCAUGCCACCCAUGGAUCUGGCCAAACUCAAGGACGAACUGGUCGAAAAAUACGGCAGCGGUAUCCGCGACUAUGAUGUUCUUUCCGCUGCGUUGUACCCCAAGGUCUUUGCCGAUUACCGCGAGAUGGUCCAACAGCACGGCGACAUGUCGGUGAUUCCUACCCGCUAUUUCCUGCGCAAGCCUGAAGUCGGUGAAGAAUUCCACAUUGAGAUCGAGGAAGGCAAGACGUUGAUUAUCAAGCUGUUGGCAGUCGGAUCCAUCAGCGGUGACGGCAAGCGUGAUGUCUACUUUGAAUUGAACGGUGAGGCGCGUGCCAUCAGUAUCACCGACAAGAGUGCUGCUAUUGAAAAGGUGACGCGCGAGAAGGCCAAGUCAUCCAACCCAGGUGAUGUCGGUGCACCCAUGUCGGGCGUCGUUAUCGAAGUACGUGCCAAGGAAGGCGCUCAUCUCAAGGCAGGUGACCCUGUUUGUGUAUUGAGUGCCAUGAAGAUGGAAACGGUCGUGACAACGCCAGUGGCUGGUAAGGUCGAGACGGUGCCAAUUCAGGAAGGCGAUUCGCUCUCCUCGGGAGAUUUGGUUGCUCGACUCGUCAAGGACAGUUAAAUGGUGAAUUAGUAGCAUAGUAAUACGGUAUUCGUAAAAACAUAAACACAUAUCCAUCCCUCUUUUCUUCUCCACUGAGCAUUAGCAUUCCUCAUUUCUGUCGUCUCCCUGCAAUAUGUUCCAUUUCAUCUCGAACACUUCUUUCUUCUUUUCUUCAACCAUCUCUUGAUAAUCAAAAAUAUAAUGAAAUAAUUAAACGCAGUUUGUAAC